AUGAUUCUCCACGCAUUCUGGACUUUCUCACGUUCAUUUUUUCGUUAUUUUCUGCUCACAUAUUAUACUUAUAUUUUCAUUCCUGCCACUCUCUUUCCUUCUUUUUCUCUAUUGUCUCUCAUACAACCUCAUUAUAUUAUCUAUCUAUCUAUCUAUCUAUCUAUCUAUCUAUCUAUCUAUCUAUCUAUCUAUCUAUCUAUCUUUCUAUCUAUCUCUCUAUAUAUGUCUCUUUCCCUCCAUGCUGAAUGCCUUUUAUUUCUUUCUUUCUUUCUUUCUUUCUUUCUUUCUUUCUUUCUUUUUUACCUAGUUAUUUAUUUUUUCGUUCUCUUUUUUUUCUUUUUCUUUCUUCUUCCUGAUUGCAUUUUUCUUUUUUCGUUUGCCAUUUUUCUCUUUCCUUUCUUUCAUCCCAGCCACAUAUAUUUGCGAAGUCGAUCCCUUCUACCCUUUCAUACCUUCCCGAACUUUCUAUCAGCGCGUUCUUCUGAACUUUUUGUCACUCACUCACUCUCUUUCUUUGUCCCUCCAUUCCCUUUUUCUUUCUUUCUCUAUUUCUCUCUCUCUCUCUCUCUCUAA